CUGUCAGAGUCGCAUUCAUGUACAAAAGCAGACUAAUAGCGAUCAAGCGCAAUGGAGUGCAAUAUCUUGUCACUAGGCAGCCAAAUUGAAUUCACUUGACAAACUUACUUAAGAACCACUAAGGUUUCGAAGUCCCCAAAGCAGUGUUCAAGAUCUCAUUUCCGAGCUUCCAAGUCUUCACUUUGGUUCAAAAGUCUCACAGAAGGCCAAUAAAAUGUCUCUCAAAUCCCUCAUCAUCGCGGCUCUCAGCCUAUCCCCAGCAGCCGUCCGAGCAACCUUCCCCUUCUUCAACUCAGGCGACCUCGCCGCGGCCAAUAAAUUCGACUACAUCCGCCAAGAACACAACGGCGUCGUCCAAACCGUCACAAACGUAGUCUACAAAGGCACCACCGCCCUCAAAAUGACACAGACCUACGACCCCUCCUACACGGGUCGCUACCACUCCGAAGUCGACGUCAACGACGGCUACACCCGCGGCCAAGACCGCUUCUACGGCUUUGCCUUCCGCCUCUCGGAGUCCUGGCAGUUUCAGCCGCAGUCGUACAAUAUCGCGCAGUUCAUCGCCAAUCGGCCGGGUGCGGGCUGUGGCGGGGAUGAUUGGAUGCCGUCGAGCAUGCUCUGGCUCGAGGGCGACCAGCUUACCUCGCGCAUCGUGAGUGGGCAGUAUCGGCAGCCGGAUUGCGGGCGGAGUAUUACGAAGUAUGGGAACUUGACGACGGUUGAGCGCGGGGUGUGGCAUCGGGUUGUGAUUCAGGCGAGUUGGCGGAGCGAUGCGACUGGGUUUUUUAAGAUUUGGUAUGAUGGGGUCAAGGUGUUGGAAAAGUAUAACGUUGCGACGACGGUGAAUGAUGAUAGUACUUUUCAGUUUCGUGUGGGGUUGUAUGCGAAUAGUUGGUAUGAUCAGGGUAAGUUGGAUGGGGAUCAGGGGUUCCGACAGGUGUGGUUUGAUGAGAUAGCUGUUGACUCGACUUACAAGGCGGUGGAUCCUAGUCAGUGAACUCUAGAGUGUGGACCUUAGGGGAACCAGUCGACCGACAUUGAAGGAGCAUAUUUUUGACUUGGGGCAUGCGAUAAGCUUACUUAGAAAGUGUGCUCAUGUCUUCAGUCAAUCAGUACAGUACUUGGUUGGAAGAGAUUCGAAUUUAGGUUUGUAAUUACACUUGUCCCAUACAAUCUCCGUAUGACAAGACCAGUCCGAUUUCCGGGAUAGCUAGGAACUUUGUGUUGCAGCUCCAGAAGAGUUUUCUCUAUUGUAAAAGUUAGGUCAUGCUUCAAUAGCAUGAAUUUGCGUAAACCGCUGCG